UGUUCAAAGAUGGCGGCGGUGAAGGCUUUCUCAGUGCUGCGGCAGAGCUUGACGCGGUGGCCCCAGUGGUCCUGCCCGCGGCUGGCCCCGCUCCGCGUUUCCAGAAGGAACAUCCUCGGGCUUUCUUUCCGCUCAGUAUUGUAAAACUCCCUCCAGGGAUGGUGUGGAGACCAAGCAGGUGCUACAGUUCUACUGCUGAAGCAGCCGCCGCUAAAGCAGAGGACGACUCUUUCCUCCAAUGGUUCCUGCUUCUCAUCCCUGCUACUGCUUUUGGCCUGGGGACUUGGCAGGUCCAACGUCGGAAAUGGAAGCUGAAACUGAUUGCAGAAUUAGAGUCUCGAAUAAUGGCUGAGCCCAUUCCUCUGCCUGCCGACCCAAUGGAACUGAAAAACCUGGAGUACAGGCCAGUGAAGGUCAGGGGGCACUUUGACCACUCCAAAGAGCUGUACAUGAUGCCUCGGACCAAGGUGGACCCUGCUCGAGAGGCCCGUGAUGCUGGCCGAAUCUCCUCCUCAAUGGAAAGUGGAGCCUAUGUAGUUACUCCUUUCCACUGCUCUGACUUGGGAGUUACCAUCCUGGUUAACAGAGGGUUUGUUCCCAAGAAGAAAGUGAAUCCAGAAACCAGACAGAAAGGCCAGGUUCUUGGAGAAGUAGACCUAGUUGGCAUAGUGAGGCUGACAGAAACUAGGAAGCCCUUUGUCCCUGAGAACAGUCCAGAACAGAAUCACUGGCAUUAUCGGGAUCUGGAAGCUAUGGCCAAGAUAACAGGCGCAGACCCCAUUUUCAUCGAUGCAGACUUCAAGAGUACAAUCCCUGGAGGACCCAUUGGAGGGCAGACAAGAGUCACUCUUCGGAAUGAGCACAUGCAGUACAUCAUUACCUGGUAUGGACUGUGUGCAGCCACAUCAUUCUUGUGGUUUCAAAAAUUUGUGCGGCGGACACCAGGUGUGUGAAGUUAACAAACCUGUUCCUAUAAAAUAAAGAUUGUUAUUUUUAAACCCUG